AUGGCGAUCGAGAACGGUGUCAAGGCCACUAUUCCCACCGUGGACGCCAAGGGUGCGACACCUGAUGCUCUGGCGGACGAUGUCAUCCAGGGUCUGAAGAUUGCUGGAGCUUGCAUUAUCAAGAACCUCUACAGCCAGGACACAAUUGACAAGUUAGAGGCCGAGGUCAAGCCUCAUCUUACAGACGCCGGCAACAUGACCUACUUCCAAAAAAAUGUCGUCACCGCCACCGGCUUAGCAGGGAAGUCCGAAACAUACGCGCUGGAGGUCAUUGGCAACCCCAUGUGGACAAAGGUUCGAGACUACUUCCUGACCUACUCGAAAGGAACAUUCUGGGUUGGCAACAACCAAGGCACCCAUGAGACAUCCGCUCAGCUGGGCUCCGCCACCUGCCUUGAGCUGCGACCCGGUGCGGAGGCCCAAGGUCUCCACCGCGACGAUCUAGUGCACCAGGGCUUCAAUACCGAGGACAAGGAAUAUGUUCUCGGACGGGACAAGUCGCUCACCUUCUUCGUUGCCUGCAACAGGACCCAUAAAGCUAACGGAGCUACUCGGAUCGUGCCUGGCAGCCACCUGUGGGACUACACUCGACCGCCCCCAGCUGCGGAUGACAAGACUAGUAUCGUCGAUGCGGAGGUCGAGCGGGGCGACGGGGUGAUUAUCCUGGGCAGUGUCUACCACGGCGGGGGCGCCAACACAACUGAAAACGAGCACCGGCUAGUCCUCACCUGUGGCGUCACUUGCUCCUACCUGCGCCAGGAAGAGAAUCAAUACCUCGCCAACGAUGUAAAACGCAUCCUCAGAUACCCCCUUCCCAUCCAGCGGUUCAUUGGCUAUGGUUCCUUCCCUCCCGGCGUGGGGCUGGUCAACUGGGACGAUCCUAUCAAGAUCAUCAAUCCCACCUUCAAGGAGCCCGAACCUGCAACCGCUUGA